AUGUUAGCAGAGUCGCUAAAGGAAGUUAAAGAAACUAGGGAAAGGAGAGAAAUAUUCCACAAAUCAAUACAGGAAGGUUUACAAGAUUUUAGAGAAUCACUAAAGGAAAAUUUACGAAAAUCAUUAAAGGUAGGUUUACAAGAAACUAGAGAAUCAUUAGAGAAAGGUUUACGAGAAUUCAGAGAAUCAUUAAAGGAAAAUUUCCAAAAAACUAGAGAAUCGUUGGGGAAAGGUUUACAAGAAAUUAACGCAUCAUUAGAGAAAGGUGUACAAGAGAUCAAAACAUCAUUCACAAAGAUGGAAUGUAAUCUGAAGAAGGAAAUGCAGGAGUUACCAGAACGACUGAAGAGGAACGUCGAAGAGAGAGAGAGUAAGCUACAGAAGAAUAUAGACCAAGUCCAGGGAGACGUGGAGAAGAUGGAAGGAAAGUUAACAAAGAAGAUAGAAGACGAUGUUGAAGAAACUAAAGCCGAAUUGGGAGAAAGGAUCGACGAAGUGGAAACAAAUUGCAAUCAUCGAAUUGCCGAGAUGACGUAG